AUGUGGGCCAUGACUGCCGGACGGAAUGGUCCACUCAAGUGGGUGAGCGGUGUGGAUGGGGUGACCGUGGUGGGGAGUGCAGGAAGCUUCCACCGGGACACAGCUAAGGAUUCCGUCCCAGAGGAGUGGGGCCACCCAAAACCUUCUGCUCCAGGUCUACCAGGGGAAGAGGCAGGGGAAGCAGAAGAAUGGCACCAUGUGAUUUGAGAUGGCUACCCACUGGGCACAGACAUAAAUUCACCGUCUAUUCCAUGUUGGUUCAACCUCAUUUCAUUGAAACGACAUUUGACGGUUGAUUCAACCUGUGCCCAGUGGGUAGUGACUUUAAAAUAUUGAACGUGAGGACACACUGGAAAAGUGGGGGAGAUUGUCACAGGUGUGAUUAGUUGCCUCAUUAACACAACAAGCGCUCCCAUUGGCUAAUUGAUGUAUCAAGUGAUUUUAGAUGUGUGUAUUUAUUUAAAACCCCCAUGACACCUGAGGUGCAUUCAGUUCGCUUGAACGUUUUGUACUGAAUGACACGUUCACCCAAAACGUUCUUGUACGUUCUUGAACAGACUUGAGGUACAUUUUCUCCCGUUUGGUGGGUGUGGUGAGGUGUGGCUUGAAGCAAUAAGUGACGUAUUUAAAGGGCAAUGGCCAUGCUGACAGCAUUCCACAACCCACAACCCAACCCCUCCCCGUUUUUCAACUGGUCGUUCAGUACAGCAGCGUUUCCGUUCAAUUGAACGUUCCAGAAUGUAAAAACGUACUGAACGCAGCCCUGCCUGCUGGGCUGUCCCUUUUCGUUUUCUGUAUGGUUUAUAUGUUUCUGAUUUUAAUUAGCUUUAAAGUAAAAGAGGAAUGGAAAUAAUAGAGGAAUUGAUAAAAGUGAAAGCAAAGUACGGAGAAUGAUAUGGAUAUGGAUUGAUUUCUGGAACUUGAUUGCCACAUCUUAUUGAGAAAAUCAUGCCUUAAAAAUAAAUAUAUUAGGCCUCCGGAGUGGCGCAGCGGUCUAAGGCACUGCAGUGCUUGAGCCGUCACUGGGCUGUGUUGCAGCCGGCCGCGACCGGGAGACCCGUGAGGCGCCACACAUUUGGCCCAGCGCCGGGAUGUCCUUGUCCCAUCGCGCUCUAGCGACUCCUUGUGGCGGCCGGGCGCAUGCACGCUGACACGGUCGUCAGCUGUACGGUGUUUCCUGAAACACAUUGGUGCGGCUGGCUUCCAGUUUAAGCGAGCAGUGUUUCAGAGGACGCAUGGCACUCGACCUUUGCCUCUUCCGAGUCCGUAUGGGAGAUGCAGCGAUGGGACAAGACUGUAACUACUAAUGUCAAAGGAGUUAAAUAAAUAAAUGUGUUAAACUGUGCUUUUGUGUUCGGUCUCUACUUCACUCCGCCUGCUCAACCCAGAACCAAACUGUCCAUUUUUCACCCUUUGACAUUAGUGCUUCCCUGGUUUAUUCAGAGUGUAGAAUGAAACUCAUUCUAAUUUUAUCGCCCUCCAAUGUGUUUUAUCUAUCCAGGGUGAUUGUAGUUAUGUCACAGAGGUGAAAUUAUCCAUCAGUCUUUAUCUCUUCUUCUCCUCUUCCUCUACUGCUACUGCCAUCAAACAGACUGACACUCACACAGAGUUGGUGACAACAACACUCUGUCUGUUACCAUGGAGACAUUGGUCUCACUUCAUUUGGAUAGUUCUGACCUCGAUACAGUAGAUGGUCUGUACCUUGCUCGGACUAUCAACAGACUUUCAGUUUCAGUUGGAAUUUUUUCAACUUUAACUGACAUUUAAUAAAUUAAACUGACCGUUUUGAUUGAUUAGGUGAACAUCUAUACUGUUUAGAUCACUCUUAACUCCGUCAAGUUCCCCAAGGUUGCACAUUUUUGUUCUAUUCCCGGACAAGAGCACCUGACUCAAUCACUCAGCUGGGUCAUUCCACUAAUAAAGUGCCUUUUGACUAGUGUAAUUUGGUAAAAAAUAACUACAGUGGGGGAAAAAAGUAUUUAGUAGCCACCAAUUGUGCAAGUUCUCCCACUUAAAAAGAUGAGAGAGGCCUGUAAUUUUCAUCAUAGGUACACGUCAACUAUGACAGACAAAUUGAGAAGAAAACAAUCCAGAAAAUCACAUUGUAGGAUUUUUUAUGAAUUUAUUUGCAAAUUAUGGUGGAAAAUAAGUAUUUGGUCACCUACAAACAAGCAAGAUUUCUGGCUCUCACAGACCUGUAACUUCUUCUUUAAGAGGCUCCUCUGUCCUCCACUCGUUACCUGUAUUAAUGGCACCUGUUUGAACUUAUUAUCAGUAUAAAAGACACCUGUCCACAACCUCAAACAGUCACACUCCAAACUCCACUAUGGCCAAGACCAAAGAGCUGUCAAAGGACACCAGAAACAAAAUUAAAAAGGUAAGCAGCUUGGUUUGAAGAAAUCAACUGUGGGAGCAAUUAUUAGGAAAUGGAAGACAUACAAGACCACUGAUAAACUCCCUCGAUCUGGGGCUCCACGCAAGAUCUCACCACGUGGGGUCAAAAUGAUCACAAGAACGGUGAGCAAAAAUCCCAGAACCACACGGGGGGACCUAGUGAAUGAUCUGCAGAGAGCUGGGACCAAAAUAACAAAGCCUACCAUCAGUAACACUCUACGCCGCCAGGGACUCAAAUCCUGCAGUGAAAGAUGUGUCAACCUGCUUAAGCCAGUACAUGUCCAGGCCCAUCUGAAGUUUGCUAGAGUGCAUUUGGAUGAUCCAGAAGAGGAUUGGGAGAAUGUCAUAUGGUCAGAUGAAACCAAAAUAGAACUUUUUGGUAAAAACUAAACUCGUCGUGUUUGGAGGACAAAGAAUGCUGAGUUGCAUCCAAAGAACACCAUACCUACUGUGAAGCAUGGGGGUGGAAACAUCAUGCUUUGGGGCUGUUUUUCUGCAAAGGGACCAGGACGACUGAUCCGUGUAAAGGAAAGAAUGAAUGGGGCCAUGUAUCGUGAGAUUUUGAGUGAAAACCUCCUUCCAUCAGCAAGGGCAUUGAAGAUGAAACGUGGCUGGGUCUUUCAGCAUGACAAUGAUCCCAAACACAUCGCCCGGGCAACGAAGGAGUGGCUUCGUAAGAAGCAUUUCAAGGUCCUGGAGUGGCCUAGCCAGUCUCCAGAUCUCAACCCCAUAGAAAAUCUUUGGAGGGAGUUGAAAGUCUGUGUUGCCCAGCGACAGCCCCAAAACAUCACUGUUCUAGAGGAGAUCUGCAUGGAGGAAUGGGUCAAAAUACCAGCAACAGUGUGUGAAAACCUUGUGAAGACUUACAGAAAACGUUUGACCUGUGUCAUUGCCAACAAAGGGUAUAUAACAAAGUAUUGAGAAACUUUUGUUAUUGACCAAAUACGUAUCUCAUACUUAUCUCAUUUUGUCUGUCAUAGUUGACGUGUACCUAUGAUGAAAAUUACAGGCCUCUCUCAUCUUUUUAAGUGGGAGAACUUGCACAAUUGGUGGCUGACUAAAUACUUUUUUCCCCCACUGUAUAUCUGGUCUGUCCUUCAUUUUGAACUAACUUGUAAAUUGAUGCACCCUCUAUUGACCUUUGUGCAACCUUCUCUGCCAUAUCAGGGUUUCCAAAUAAAGAUCUCCAAAAUAAUCUGCAGAAGCAUUCAUGUACAAUAAAGCUAUAUUUAUUAUAUGUGAUAAAUCAGGGGGAAAAAGAGUGUGGGAGUGCCAGGGAGUGAGAAACUGGGGUUAACGCUCUCUCACAUGGCGUAUACUGAUACCUAAAUCCAUAUUGAUGUUUUAAAGACUUAGCUUUCCCUCUUCUGUUCAAUAUAAACCCUUUAUUUCCAUAUGAAAACCCCUGGAGAGGGGAAAGCUGGCACUAUACAGGUGUGUUCCUGGCCACAGUAAGAUUUUAGUAGCUCAGAAGAGAGCAUGUUACCAGCUGCCUUUUUCCACCUGGAAUGUCUUUUGAAAUUGAAGUGGCAGCAUUUAUGUCCUCCAGUGCCCAGUUUACGAUGGAAAUGGAAAUACUAGAGCUAGUAGUAAAUGUUUUCAUUUGCAUGCGUGCAUAUAUGGACCUGUGUGUCAAUAUUGUUGCUUGUAUGACUUAAUUUGCCCUUUUGUUCAACAAAAAAAAAAGAUACAAUCUUACUGUGGCCAGAUAGACUACACCUUGAGGUGGUGCCUGGUGGGUGCUACCAAGGGCCAGGGUUGUAUGUGACAGCAUUAAAGGCCUGGUACAAUGGUUUGGGGCUCAUUGAUGGUUCCCAGGACUUGGGUGUAGGACUGUUGUGGUGAGGAUGGGAAGGUUUAGAGCGUUACACACAACCAGAGGAUAAACUACUGUUUUUAAACUUGGAAAACAACUAUAGGAACUACCUUCACACCUGAUUCUUCAGAUCUUUGGGUGUCUGUUUUAUUGGAUUAAUUUGACAGGCCUCGUUGAGUUGUUGGCCAAUAUACCUGAAGUGUUGUUCCCUGGGGCGUGUUUGUCUAUGUGUUCCUUUCAUUUCUAUUUUAAAAAAUUCUGCCAAGAGGAUAAAACUCUUCCAACUCUCCCCAAAGUCCAUCUAUUAGUUAUGAUGCCUUGAGCAUGUGUGUUUGUAAGCGUGCUCUGGUUUUUAAAUCUGCAUGAAUAUUGACAUUCCCAGACUAGGUCCUUCUUCUGUUUUACUCUCUGAGGCAUGUUGUAAAAGUCAAUCACUGAUUUACAAUUCAUGUUUCAUCCAGUAUUGGCAGCUCAUAUAUACUGAUGCAGUCAAUGGAAAUGUUAACAUUUCAACCUAAUGUUAAAAUAUGAGUAUGAGUUGGAAGCCAACUACGCCAAUAUGUUUAGUUGCUGAUUAAGAAUAAUGUCAGUCUUACUCAGUGAGUCAAGUAGACUGCUGUACCACCAGUAGCUCGCUGGUCCGUAGUCACCCACGUUGGAGAAGCUAAGUGUUGUAUGUGAAGAUGACAAUGAUGCUGAUCUGUUAUUUUAGCCUCUUCUGACCCACAUUAAAAUAAAUAUCCAGAAUAUUUUAGGUAUUCAGCGGUGGCCAUAGAAAUAUAGACGGACCUACAGGUCACAGGUGACUAUGGAAGCUGAGAGGAAGGUGAAAUGUUCAGAGGGAGAGUUGAAAGGGUCAGGUCAGACGGUAACAGCUCUGUGCCCCUCUGGCAAUAUAAUCGCUAUAUGAGUUUCACCACUCCAGUCAUUUGUACUGUAUCACGCUGAUGAAGCCAAAAGGUCUCCAAUAGUCUCUGGCAAUAGACAGUAUAUUCUCUCACACAGACACACAUGCAGUCUCCUCUCUCUCUCUCUCUCUCUCUCUCUCUCUCUCUCUCUCUCUCUCUCUCUCUCUCUCUCUCUCUCUCUCUCUCUCUCUCUCUCUCUCUCUCUCUCUCUCUCUCUCUCUCUCUCUCUCUCUCUCUCUCUCUCUCUCUCUCUCUCUCCAUCCAACCAUCCCCUUACUGUAUGUAUGACACCACUAAGAUUAAAGUCUUCUAAGUCUGGACAGAGACAAUCCUGGCGGUGCUCCUUGGAAUGGAAUCCGGUCCAUUCUAAAUCAUACAGUCUAAAGAAGCAUAAGGAUUCUAAAGAAGCAUGACGGGGGUUAGAAUAUCAGUCUUUCAGGAUGUAUGAGUCAGGACUCAGGAUGGCACAGCUGGUGCCUGGUAAGGUUUCUGGGGAGGGUAGAGGGGGCAGGCGCUAGGAGUGACAUGUAUCUGUAUUCAGCUGUAGGGAGCAGAAAACUGUCAGUCAGUGGACUCGGCUGGACAGAGCUGGGCAGGAGGAUAGACAUGAAGCAGCAGAAGAGAGUACUGUGAAGUGAACAUAUAUAGAUAGACAAGACUGUGAAAGAGAGGUUUGACCAGCUGUCAAGGUGUCAAGAGAAAAUAUAUUGUUGCUGGAGAUCUGACCUGGGAGCUGAGGAGACAUGGGAGUGUCCAAUGAACGAGGGUAAUUUGAGUCCUUCUUGGAGUUGUGGUGUACAGUAUGUUUUAUGGUUGGAGUAAAUGAAUGACUGUCACUCUUCAGCAUCUCUGAAUCUUUCUAUGGAUGCUUUGAGAGUGUAUUACGCAUGAGACAGAAGAAACAUGGUGAUGACGGUGCAGUUUAUAAUGUCCAAGAAAAUGCCAAAGAUGUUUUAAUCAGGAUACACUUUGAAAGCUGAGAAAUAUACACAGGAUAUGCAUAUUUGAUCCUUGGAGGCACCUCAUAAGUAUUUGUACAGUCUGUAAAUACCAGUUAAUUCAAAAAUCAUAAAUGUGAAUUAUUACUAACCAUUACAUGACCUUUCAUUCUGAUUCUGUGUGUGUGUGUGUGUGUGUGUGUGUGUGUGUGUGUGUGUGUGUGUGUGUGUGUGUGUGUGUGUGUGUGUGUGUGCACGCGUGCGUGCGUGUGUCAGGGAGGCCCUUGACAAGGGGCGGUCAGUGGUCGCCAUGGUAUCCCGAGCCCCAUGUCCCUGCGUAGACAACACUCCAAACUCCCCCCUACAGACGUGUUCAACGACAUCAUGUACAUGGGUCAGUAACUCCCCCUUAAAGAUGUGCUCAUCUUUGUUCAACCUACGUGGUCAGUUACUCUGCCAUACAGUGCAGUAAGUUUUAGGUACCAUACCGAACGUUAUGUAUAAUGCCGUCGCGUAUCUCUAAAGGAGAAGGUGAAUGCCAAGCAAUAUUUACAGGUAUGUUUGUGUCAAUGUAUGACCUGACAAUUUGAGUGUGCAAUUUGAGUGUUUCACAGAUAGGUUCAUAUGAGUGCAAGCCAAAGCUUAUUAGAUUCAGUUUGACACUUAGGAUGGGAUUUAGUCCAAGGUGGUGAAGCAGAAUAUUGCUUUUGACUUUAAAAGGUUUAAAAGCGUGAGCCAACAUACGCAGCAUUUACUAACCUCAGUGAAUGUUGGGGAAAUUGCCUUCAAAUUGGCAGAUUGUUGGCUGUCCAUUGCUCUAUAGCACAUUUUAGAUUAAAUCAAUGGUUGAUAUGUUCGCUGGCUGGAAUAUAUUGAAUUCAGUAAAUAUAAAGAUUAAGCGAGAACACACUUCUAUUUUAUCUUGUGCUCCAUAUAUCUCUAAACUGAACUUCAGUCUGCAAUAAAAAUUAAAAAAUUGGGGGGUGCGGGGGUAAACACUGCAGCUUUAUCUACAGUUUUUUGCUUGGUGCAGGCACUCAUGACCUCACUUGACAUGGAGGAACAACACACUGUGUACCUCAGCCCUACAGUCACACGUCUCUCCUGAGGGAGAGGAGGGUGACAUGUCCAUACAUUCUCCCUAACCUCAGACAAUAAGGACUGGUAUUUUGGGGUGUGACUGUAGGGCUGAGGUACACAGUUUCCGCUUAUGGGUGUGAAUGAUAAGCUAAAAUAAACUUGGUGUUUUUGAGAAUGCAAAGUGCUUUAGAUGUCCUGGGUAAAAUGGUUAUUGGUAGUAGUAAGUGAGUGAGACCUCCCACUGGGCACAGACAUCAGUUCAACGUCUAGUUUUGAUUUACAUUUGGUUGAGUUGUCAACUAACGUGAAUUCAAUGUGAAAUCAACAAAACAUUUCACCAUGUCAUUGGAUUUAGGUUAAAAGUUUGUGAAAAAAAGACAAAAUUCCAGUUUUCCACGUUGAUUUAACGUCAUCACAUUUUUGGGGUUGAAAUGACGUGGAAACAAUGUUGAUUCAACCAGUUUUUGCAUAGUGGGUUGUGAGUAGUCCUCUUAAUUGUGGGAUUGAAUAUAGACCAAAUUAUAUUGUAUACAGUACUGCUAAUAAUACAUCUCAAAGAAACAGAGGAGCAAUCAUUAAAAAAGUCAUUACUAUUCUAAUUAUGAGUCUAAAUACUACCAGAUAAAUACAGGCCUGUCAAUAAAGUAACCUACACCUUCACAUCAAUGGCUGUUUCUACCUACAGUUGGCGGCUGGAACCAGGAGGACCCGUCCUGCCCGGUGGAACGGUUCUGCCCCCUGGAGAAUGAGUGGAAGAACAUGGCCUCCAUGAUCAAUCACCGUGGUAACGUGGCUGUGUGCAGCCUGGGCGGGAAUAUCUACACGGUGGGCGGGUCUGAUGGUGUCACCUGCAAAAGGAGUGUGGAGAGGUAAGGGCGUUUCAAGAUGGCUGCCCAUAGAACUGUUGGUAAAGCUUUAGUUUUAAUUCCUAUUUCAGAGGGUCACAGUUAUAGUGCUGUAUGAGAAAUAUCCAUCCCACGCUGUGUGUCAGAGUGAGUGUGUGAACGGGGCGUUGUGGUGGUGAGUGUCGGGUCUGUCGGGGGUCUGGUCAGAGGCUUAGGGCUGACAGGCAUUCACUGCUGGGGGUCUAGGGAGAGGAGGCUGGGGGUCUAGGCAGGGGGGACUGGGUUUGGGGGGGUGGUGGUCCAAGCAGGCAGAGAGCAUUCCCCAGGAUUGAGGUGUGAUGGUGAUGGAUAUGAUGGAUCCAUGAUGGAUGUGGGGACAGGCUGACAGGCCUCUUAAUCAGCACCCUGAGGCCCAGCGCUGUCAGUGCUGAGUGCUGAUACUGGGGAGGGAGGGAGACCUCUGCAUGGUGGGGGGUGAGGGGUGGGGAGGGAGGACUCUGCAUGGUGGGGCAUGGGGGGUCAGGGGUGGGGAGGGGUGGGGAGGGAGGACUAUGUAUGGUGGGACAUGGGGGUGAGGGGUGGGGAGGGAGGGAGGGAGGGAGGACUCUGUAUGGUGGGGCAUGGGGGGGUGAUGGGUGGGGAGGGAGGGAGGACUCUGCAUGGUUGGGCAUGGGGGGGUGAGGGUGGGGAGGGAGGACGCUGCAUGGUUGGGCAUUGGGGGUGAGGGGUUGGGAGGGAGGGAGGACUCUUUAUGGUUGGGCAUGGGGGGUGAGGGGUGUGGAUAGCAUUACGUUGCCUAGAAACAUCCAGCACUUCUCAACUUCUGCAGUAUCGCACGCACUCAUCACAUUUUUGGUCUUAGACCCGGCAGACUUCUCAGUGUCUCAAACCCUAGGCUACAGUAUAUCUCUACAAGUAUCUGGCCGAAAUCUGUCUUGCCUAAUACUUAGUUAAACCACAUACUGUGUACUAAUUGUACAACAUACUAUUUAGAACGUUCUGUUUAGUAAAAAAUGUAUGCAACAAAUAUCAACAUACUGUACAUACUACACACUAAAAACAAAUGGUUCUAUAUAGUGCCAAAUAAAGAUUAUUUGGCUUGUAACCAUAGAAUAAAACUUUUUGGUUCUACAUGGAACCUUUUUUUGAAGGUUCUAUAAAGAACCAUGCUCAUAAUGUUCUAAAUGGAACCUGUAUGGUUCUAUAAAGAACCUUUCUCAAUCUCUUUGUAGAAUCAAAGUUGUUUUUAUUCUGGUUUAAUAGCCAUAUUAUAUAGUUAAUAUUCCAUAGGUUUUCUUGUUGUGUUUACUAACAAGUUGAAUCAGGUGUGCUAGCUCUGGAAUGGCUGGGGGUCCCUGAGGAAAGAACUGAGAACUACUGACUUAAUAAACCGUUCUCAAUUGACACAAGACCACACGUGAGUAUUUCACAAGAACCGUCACUGGCCAUAGUCAUAUAUAUAUAUAUAUAUGACAUGUAAUAGCAUAAAACAACAGAUUAGAUUCAUUGGAAUGACACUCUCACUCAGGGUUGUACAAAAAGAGCUGUGCACCUACUACUCAACGAGUCACCGCCCCUAUAUUUUAAUUAUCACUAAAAGAGGAAAGAACCCCUUUGUGAACUGCAAAGAACCAUUGAAGGGCUCACAUGUUUUUUGGGGUCAGUAUAGUUUCACAUAGAACCAUCACCCUUCCCCAAAUAACUUUUUUUUAGUGUGUAUGUUCACCCAUUCUGAGAAUGCCUCAUCUGAUGGGCAAUUGCGUCAUUUCCCGUCAUUCGUUAAUGUGGCUACAGCGUGUACCCUUAUCUCAUUAUCAGCUGUUGUCAAACACACGUCGGUCUGAAAAGACAAUUCUCUUCCUCAAUAGCAUGCAGCAAAUUGUACUCUUGGGGAGGAGUGCAUGACUGCACAUUUCAGUAUAAAUGAAAGAGAAUUAGGAUACUAGUCUGCUGAAUAGUACUUCCACUCUCUGCUCCUCCAACCCCUAGAGAUUACAGACAACCCUUUACUGCUUGCGUUCCCUCAGAGCAAAACCUUUCAUUGUCGGUGUCUGUCUGAUGGGAGAGCAGACAGCACCAGACAGCAGCAGAGAGCCAGACGUGCCCUGGGCUCUCAGGUAUCUCAUCAUUUGAUUAGGUCCCACACUGAGUGUCCUAUUUGGGACCUGCAGGAGGGAGAACACGUCUCUCUGGGGGCAGUCUGUGAUACUUCCACUCUAUUAACUGAUGUCAUGCUCAAUCUAUGAUUUGCUAUGUCACAUUUUUUCACCAAUCGAGGAAUUACUCUUGUUGGCACUUCUGCAGUAGAGCAUUUAAGUCAUUUAUGUGACCACUGAUCUUCAUUGAUUGGUUUGAUUUGCCUGUCCUCAUACCAUGCCUAAGAUAGUGUCUUGGGGAUUUAUCCUUACUCUCCCUAUGAAAAAGCACACAGCUCAAGCCAGAUUUCUGUAUUUUCGUAUUAGAUUGACAUAGAUAGUGAUUGGUAAUACAUUGAUAAAAAGAUGGUGAUAGGUAUUACAUUGAUAUACAGUGGGGGGAAAAAAGUAUUUAGUCAGCCACCAAUUGUGCAAGUUCUCCCAUUUAAAAAGAUGAGAGAGGCCUGUAAUGUUCAUCAUAGGUACAUGUCAACUAUGACAGACAAAUUGAGAAAAAAAAUUCCAGAAAAUCACAUUGUAGGAUUUUUAAUGAAUUUAUUUGCAAAUUAUGGUGGAAAAUAAGUAUUUGGUCAUCUACAAACAAGCAAGAUUUCUGGCUCUCACAGACCUGUAACUUCUUCUUUAAGAGGCUCCUCUGUCCUCCACUCGUUACCUGUAUUAAUGGCACCUGUUUGAACUUGUUAUCAGUAUAAAAGACACCUGUCCACAACCUCAAACAGUCACACUCCAAACUCCACUAUGGCCAAGACCAAAGAGCUGUCAAAGGACACCAGAAACAAAAUUGUAGACCUGCACCAGGCUGGGAAGACUGAAUCUGCAAUAGGUAAGCAGCUUGGUUUGAAGAAAUCAACUGUGGGAGCAAUUAUUAGGAAAUGGAAGACAUACAAGAUCUCACCCCGUGGGGUCAAAAUGAUCACAAGAACGGUGAGCAAAAAUCCCAGAACCACACGGGGGGACCUAGUGAAUGACCUGCAGAGAGCUGGGACCAAAGUAACAAAGCCUACCAUCAGUAACACACUACGCCGCCAGGGACUCAAAUCCUGCAGUGCCAGACGUGUCCCCCUGCUUAAGCCAGUACAUGUCCAGGCCCGUCUGAAGUUUGCUAGAGUGCAUUUGGAUGAUCCAGAAGAGGAUUGGGAGAAUGUCAUAUGGUCAGAUGAAACCAAAAUAUAACUUUUUGGUAAAAACUCAACUCGUCGUGUUUGGAGGACAAAGAAUGCAGAGUUGCAUCCAAAGAACACCAUACCUACUGUGAAGCAUGGGGGUGGAAACAUCAUCCUUUGGGGCUGUUUUUCUGCAAAGGGACCAGGACGACUGAGGAAAGAAUGAAUGGUGCCGUGUAAAGGAAAGAAUGAAUGGUGCCAUGUAUCGUGAGAUUUUGAGUGAAAACCUCCUUCCAUCAGCAAGGGCAUUGAAGAUGAAACGUGGCUGGGUCUUUCAGCAUGACAAUGAUCCCAAACACACCGCCCGGGCAACGAAGGAGUGGCUUCGUAAGAAGCAUUUCAAGGUCCUGGAGUGGCCUAGCCAGUCUCCAGAUCUCAACCCCAUAGAAAAUCUUUGGAGGGAGUUGAAAGUCCGUGUUGCCCAGCGACAGCCCCAAAACAUCACUGUUCUAUAGGAGAUCUGCAUGGAGGAAUGGGCCAAAAUACCAGCAACAGUGUGUGAAAACCUUGUGAAGACUUACAGAAAACAUUUGACCUGUGUCAUUGCCAACAAAGGGUAUAUAACAAAGUAUUGAGAAACUUUUGUUAUUGACCAAAUACUUAUUUUCCACCAUAAUUCGCAAAUAAAUUCAUAAAAAAUCCUACAAUGUGAUUUUCUGGAGAAAAAAAAUCUAAUUUUGUCUGUCAUAGUUGACGUGUACCUAUGAAGAAAAUUACAGGCCUCUCUCAUCUUUUUAAGUGGGAGAACUUGCACAAUUGGUGGCUGACUAAAUACUUUUUUCCCCCACUGUACACUACUGACAAAAGUUUUAGAACACCUAAUCAUUCAAGGGUUUUUCUUUAUUUUUACUAUUUUCUACACUGUAGAAUAAUAGUGAAGACAUCAAAACUAUGAAAUAACACAUAUGGAAUCAUGUAGUAACCACAAAAAUUUUAAACUAAUCAAAAUAUAUAUUAUAUUUGAGAUUCUUCAAAUAGCCACCCUUUGCCUUGAUGACAGCUUUGCACACUCUUGGCAUUCUCUCAACCAGCUUGAUGAGGUAGUCACCUGGAAUGCAUUUCAAUUAACAGGUGUGCCUUCUUAAAAGUUAAUUUGUGGAAUUUAUUUCCUUCUUAAUACGUUUGAGCCAAUCAGUUGUGUUGUGACAAGGUAAAGGGGGUAUAGAGAAGAUAGCCCUAUUUGGUAAAAGACCAAGUCCAUAUUAUGGCAAGAACAGCUCAAAGAAGCAAAGAGCAAUGACAGUCCAUCAUUUCUUUAAGACAUGAAGGUCAGUCAAUACGGAAAAUGUCAAGAACUUUGAAAGUUUCUUCAAGUGCAGUCGCAAAAAUCAUCAAGCGGUAUGAUGAAACUGGCUCUCAAGAGGACCGCCAUAGGAAUGGAAGACCCAGAGUUACCUCUGCUGCAGAGGAUAAGUUCAUUAGAGUUACCAGCCUCAGAAAUUCACAGAGUUCAAGUCACAGACACAUCUCAACAUCAACUGUUCAGAUGAGACUGCAUGAAUCAGGCCUUCAUGUUUGAAUUGCUGCAAAGAAACCACUACUAAAGGACACCAAUAAGAAGAAGAGCCUUGCUUGGGCCAAGAAACACGAGCAAUGGACAUUAGACAGGAGGAAAUGUGUCCUUUGGUCUGGAGUCCAAAUUGGAGAUUGUUGGUUCCAACCGUUGUGUCUUUGUGAGACGCCAUGUGGGUGAACGGAUGAUCUCCGCAUGUGUAUUUCCCACCGUAAAGCAUGGAGGAGGUGUUAUGGUGUGGGGGUGCUUUGCUGGUGACACUGUCUGUGAUUUAUUUAGAAUUCAAGGCACACUUAAACAGCAUGGCUACCACAGCAUUCUGCAGCGAUAUGCCAUCCCAUCUGGUUUGGGCUUAGUGGGACUAUAAUUUGUUUUUCAACAGGACAAUGACCCAACACACCUCCAGGCUGUGUAAGGGCUAUUUUACCAAGAAGGAGAUUGAUGGAGUGCUGCAUCAGAUGACGUGGCCUCCACAAUCCCCCAACCUCAGCCAAAUUGAGAUGGUUUGGGAUGAGUCGAACCGCAGAGUGAAGGAAAAGCAGCCAACAAGUGCUCAGCAUAUGUGGGAACUCCUUCAAGACUGUUGGAAAAGCAUUCCAGGUGAAGCUGGUUGAGCGAAUGCCAAGAGUGUGCAAAGCUGUCAUUUAGGCAAACGGUGGCUAUUUGAAGAAUCUCAAAUAUAAAAUAUAUUUUUUGGUUUUUUACAUGAUUCCAUAUGUGUUAUUUCAUAGUUUUGAUGUCUUCACUAUUAUUCUACAAAGUAGGUGUUCUAAAACUUUUGACCGGUAGUGUAGAUGGUCAUAGGUAAUCACUGAUAUACACUACCAUUCAAAAGUUUGGGGUCACUUAGAAAUGUCCUUGUUUUUGAAAGAAAAUCAUUUUUUAUGUCCAUUAAAAUAACAUCACAUUGGUCAGAAAUACAGUGUAGACAUUGUUAAUGUUGUAAAUGGCUAUUGUAGCUGGAAAUGGCUGAUUUUUAAUGGUAUAUCUACAUAGGCGUACAGAGGCCCAUUAUCAGCAACCAUCAGUCCUGUGUUCCUCUCCUCCUUGCAGGUACGACCCAGAGACCAACACCUGGAGUAACGACGUGGCCCCCCUGAGCAGCCCCCGCAGCGGAGUGUGUCUGGUGGAGAUGGAGGGAUAUCUGUACGCCCUCGGUGGAUACGACGGCAUGGUCUGCACCAACACUGUUGAGAGGUAAGGCCAUGUUCUCAUCAGUGGUUGCAUUGUGGUUGAGAUAGAUAAAUCAUGACAAAGGUCCAUCUAAGGUCCAUCUAACCGGAAGCAUCUAAAGAGCAUUUAGACGCUUCCGGUUUUCUGUGAAUUACCUGAAUACUGAAGGUGACAGCAAGAUAACCAAGUUUGACCUGUUGACCUUUGAUAGGCUUUUUGACAGGUGGCACUUAGCCUAGUGAUUAGAAUGUUAGGCCAGUAACCGAAAUGUCGCUAGUUCGAAUCCCCGAGCCGACAAACUGAAAAAAAUAUAUCAACGUGUCCUUGAGAAAGGCACUUAACCCUAAUUGCUCCAGGGUCGCCGUUGAUAAUGGCUGACCCUGGCCGUGACCCCACUCUCCAAGGGUGUCUCAGGGGGAGUUGGGAUAUGCAAAAACACAUUUCCAAUUCACACUGUGUGAAACAGGUCAAAUAUAACCACCCACCUAAUUAUUGUUAUUACAUGUCAUGAUGGACAGAGGAAAGAGAGAAUUGAAUGAAUAUUCAGACAUAGUUUCGGUAUCUCUGUUUAACUAGUGAUCUUAUGAAGGAAGAUAGGGAAAACACAUUUGAUUAAAUCUUAGUUUUGUUCUGGAAACAGAUGUUUGUAUAUUCUUCGUAUUCCACCAGAUAUAAUCCCAUAAUGAACAGCUGGAUAAAGCGGGCCCCGAUGCUGAGUCGGCGUUCUGUGGCAACGGCUGCUGUGAUGGAUGGUCAGCUAUACGUGAUUGGAGGCAACGAUGGAGACACACCCAUGAACACAGGUCUGAAUAACACAUUAAGCUAACAGAGAGGCUUACCAUACUCAAUGUACCACAUCAGAGGUGGCACCUCAGGCUCCAGAGUGGUGUGGCCGUAGUUCUUCCUGAUCUGGUGACCUAACCAGGUAAAACUCUGGACCUGAUAUGGUAUAUACGUGAUUAAUCUGUUGUAAAAAGGUUUAAUAUGGGCUAUGAUUAGACCGGAGUUUUUUUAAUCAGGUCACAUGGUUUAAAAAAACUCCUGAAAAACUCCUGGUCUUGGGGAGGAUGAAUGCCCUGUCAAACUGCAGCAAUCAUGUACUUGUUCAUAUGAAUUAUAUUUUAAAGAAGGAAUAGGGGGGUUUCCUAUACACAGACACAGAGAAAGCAACAUGAUCAUUGGACAAUAAAACGCACAAGGCUGAGCUUGCUUUAUGCAGGUCUGCAUCGUGUAGUCCUGCCCUAUGCAACUGCAGGCCUAAUAAAACAUUAACUCACAGUCUAUGUCAGCUACUGUGUUUAUUGAUUAAUAAUUCCAGUUAAUAAUAUCAGAUUGAAAAAGUCUAGGUAGUGUCAAAGUUGCGUCAAUUCAAAUCUGGCAUUAGGAACAAAAGAGGUCAACACGACUUCUAAAAUAUACUAGUUAUUUUAAUUAAUGCAAAAACCUUCAAUGGUAAAUAUGAUGUUUCGUAUAUACGGGCUCUCUGAAAUACCUCGCAGGGCACCCCAGAGAACUAAUCCAUUGUUCUAGAUUGUUGCUCAAAUACUCUGACAGAGAGAGAGUUUCCCACCUCUCUGUUGGCCAAUCAGAGCAAAGACUUGAGCGUGGUUUAGACUUACUCAGCCUAUCCGUUGAUGCACCCCUCUUGCCAGGCAUAAGUCCAUAUCAUAACAACCUGUCAUAGUGAGAAGAGCCAGCUCCCUUAGACACCAUUCCUACGUCCAAGGAAGGUUCACAGAUCACAAAGAACCAGUAUAUUCCAGUAUCUGGAGACACAAAUCCCUAUCUCACUUUACCCUAAAACAGCUCUUCACAUCAAUCACAGCUUGCCAGGUGUCACAACCUACAUUAGCCCAGUCAAGAAUGCAUUCUUUCUAAGUUAGUCAUCCCAUCAAUUAUAAAAAUAAUAAAUCUCUCACACUAGUCAGGCCAAGUUUGAAAAUAAACCAAAUUUGAUCCCAUUCAUAUUUUCUCACAAACAAAUGGGCUAUAAAUACACAACGUUACCCCUUCGUUUACCCUGACCAGAGGGACAGGGCGCAUAGCCGGGCUAGACUAUGCAGCUGCUGUUGUCAGUAGCCUGCAGUCAACCAGACUGAAAAAUAGUAUUGUUUCCAUGCAACACAGCAUGUCAGAUGGCUAGUGUUUAGGUGUUUAGGCUGCUACAUUUAUGUAAGAGUUUUUGCUUGUGUCUGUCGGGAGUGAUGUGUUACCAGGCUUGCUAAAUAAAUACCGGAGGAAAGUGGAGAGCAUGCCUUGAGCUUUGUGCAUUGUGCGCAUCCUGCGAUUUCCGUGAAUCUGAUUGGUUAAGACACACAAAGAGCCUGCAGGGCAUUCAGAUGUGGAGAGAGAAAUUGUACUCGAGUUGACACAUCAUGAGGUAAAUCAGCACUUUGCCCCUCUUUUUAACGCUUUCCUUCAAUAUAUUUUAUUAAACUAAAUCAAAAGUGCUGUGGCAAAUGCCGCCUCGCCACACGUUUUCCGGCUGCCCUGUACCGCAUUAGGACAGAAUCUAUGGUUCAUCUGUGUCUGUGCUCCAGAGCUCUAUGGAAAUCUGAUCUCUGGCCAUCUUGUGGUCCUCUGUAGCUCAAUUGGUAGAGCAUGGCGCUUGUAACGCCAGGGUAGUGGGUUUGAUCGCCAGGACCACCCAUACGUAAAAAUGUAUGCACGCAUGACUGUAAGUCGCUUUGGAUAAAAGCGUCUGCUAAAUGGCAUAUUAUUAUUAUAUUAUCUUGCCAUUAAACCCCUACAACUCAUCCAGAAUGCCGCAGCCCGUCUGGUGUUCAACCUUCCCAAGUUCUCUCACGUCACUCCGCUCCUCCGCACACUCCACUGGCUUCCAGUUGAAGCUCGCAUCUGCUACAAGACCAUGGUGCUUGCCUACGGAGCUGUGAGGGGAACGGCACCUCCGUACCUUCAGGCUCUGAUCAGUCCCUACACCCAAACGAGGGCAUUGCGUUCAUCCACCUCUGGCCUGCUGGCCCCCCUACCUCUGCGGAAGCACAGUUCCCGCUCAGCCCAGUCAAAACUGUUCGCUGCUCUGGCACCCCAAUGGUGGAACAAGCUCCCUCACGACGCCAGGACAGCGGAGUCACUCACCACCUUCCGGAGACACUUGAAACCCCACCUCUUUAAGGAAUACCUGGGAUAGGAUAAAGUAAUCCUUCUACCCCCCCUUACCCCCCCCCCCCCCCCAAAAAAAAAAAGAAAGAAAAAAAAAAAAACAUAUUGUAAAGUGGUUAUCCCACUGGCUAUAAGGUGAAUGCACCAAUUUGUAAGUCGCUCUGGAUAAGAGCGUCUGCUAAAUGACGUAAAUGUAAAUGUUAUAGGGAGGCCCAGAGUUUGUCCUGGUGAGGUCAUGUGGUCAGAAAAACUCCUGAUCCUACUUCCAGUAUAAGGCCUAUACAUUCUGAGGUUGUAGACGUUUCUUUGUAUUUUUUGCUAUCCAGAGGAAUUCAUUGACUUUGACACCAACUCUUCAAAAUGUUGCAUAGUUUUGGUCAUGCAUAACAAUGAUGUGACCUUUUUGUCUGGUACCAACACACACACACACAGUACACACACACACACACACAGUACACACACACACAGUACACACACUCCAGGGGCUUGGGCCCCUGGAAUCAGCCAAUGCUAAACUCGGGAGGGUUAUGAUGUGCUGCCAGUUGUCAGUGCAUAUUUCCGUCUGUAAGAAGAGAAAGUCAGGAAAAUUUCCCAUAACCUUUUCAGCGUUUGUAAAACCCAGUCACUAGGGGUUUUGCUAGAAAUAACACAGGAAUAUGACAGCAUAGUUUACAGUAACCAGUAAGAAUCCAGUAAGAACCCAGUAACCUGUUUGUAAAUCUAUUUCAGUGAGAUUUAGCCCACUACCCAGAAUCAGAUGAAGAAAACAACAAUAAUAUGAUUGGUGCCAUCACUGUUUCAUGAUCUAUCUGUUUCAUGGUCUAUCUGUUUCAUGGUCUAUCUGUUUCAUGGUCUAUCUGUUUCGUGGUCUAUCUGUUUCGUGGUCUAUCUGUUUCAUGGUCUAUCUGUUUCAUGGUCUAUCUGUUUCAUGGUCUAUCUGUUUCAUGGUCUAUCUGUUUCGUGGUCUAUCUUUUUCGUGGUCUAUCUGUUUCGUGGUCUAUCUGUUUCAUGGUCUAUCUGUUUCGUGGUCUAUCUGUUUCGUGGUCUAUCUGUUUCGUGGACCUUCUGUUUCGUAAUCUGUCUGUCUCAUGCGUUUCCCCCGUCAAACGCAUGAGAUGCAUGAGAAACAACGCAAGUUAUUGGUCACGCACACCCUUUCUGGCCACCCUAUUGGUCAGAUCACUUCCAACAUCAACAUCAACCAAAUCUCAAGAGACUGACAUAAUUGGCUGUUGGCACACAGCCUUUCGAAGAGCCAGUAAUGCCACUCCAGUCAGAUUUGGUUACUGAUAAUGUUGGUCUGCAUGUGGGAAGUUGCCCAUUGUUUAUUAUGAUACCAUCUUGUGGAGUCAACCUUUCACAUUAGCUCUUGUAGCUCAAUGUCACUCCUCUCCUGUCCACCUCUUUCAGAUGUCUCUGAUUGUGUUCAACGGGUCGUUGUUGGCUGUGGGAGGCUCUGAUGGCAUCACCAAUCUGAAAACAAUAGAAUUCUACAACCAUGAGUCAAACACAUGGAGGUAUGUCACAUUCGAUGUGGGAUGGGGAAAUGUGGGAUAGGCUGUGCACAACCAAUAUGAUCAAAGAUGAUGCUUUACUUUGAAAAAUGUAGAAGAUAAAGACUGUAACUACGGUCCAUAUUAUAGUUGUGCACUGGAACUGCCUUGUAAGAAUGUGGUGUUUGCAUAGUCUACUCUCACAAUCUCUUCUUAGGCUUAUCGUCAGCCAAGUUCUUAUGAAAGAGAAUCUCAUGUAUUUUUAUGUAUUUAGUCCAAUAAUAUUUAUUUGGGUAUUAGUUUCAGAGAAUAAUAUGUUAUUCUCCAUGAUCUGUUUGCAGACACUUUGGAAGCAUGAAGACCAAGCAUCCGGGAGGCCACGUUGCCAUGUUGAAGACCAAACAUGGUUACAGCCUGUAA